AUGCGGUGCUUCUGCCGACAUCAUCUGCCCAUACUAUUGAAACAAACACGGACAUCAAAACAACAUUACCAGAUAAACAAUUCCAUGCGGGGGGGGGGCAGAAAGGAGUUGGCUUGUCUUACUUCUGUGUCACUCGCUGAGUGGAAUACAAACAUUCAACCCUCAUUCGCCUUGGUUUCGCGGACACUUUGGAUGAGCUACAUGUGUGGUGCGGGGUUGAAGCCUGCCAAAUGA